AUGAUUCUACGAUUUCUUCUGAUAAUUUUUUGUCAAUGGACAUUGAUUUAUUGUCAAUUAAAUCUUUAUAAUACUGAUCGAUCAAUGAAUGAUAAUUCUUUACAAUUUGAUUGUUUGUAUUAUCGUGUACGUUAUGAAAAAUUAGCCUAUCAAGAGUUAUCAAAUGUAAUUGAUAAUAUAAUUCCAUAUUGUUUUCGUCCGAUAAAUCAAAGUGAAUUAUUAACUUCAGAUUUUGAAAAUACACAUAGUCGAACUUUUACUUUCGAUGAAUUGCGUUUUAAUAAUGUUACAACACAACAACUUCUUUCAUGGUCUGCUUCAAUAGAUCUUGUUGAACAAUAUCAAUUUUAUCUAAAUGAAAUAAAUCCUUCUCUAUCGUCAUUAUCAAAUGAAUUAUUCUAUAAUUGUACAAAACCAUGGUUUGGUCUUCAAUGUCAAUAUUCGUUUGAAUUUAGUGAAGAAAUGUCAAUAAAUCAUAUUGUUGAAACAGAAUUUUCUCGAAAAACAUCAUAUUCUGAAUCAUCUAAAAUCUUAACAAAAUUAUCGUGUUAUAUUCAUCUUAAAUGUGAUCGUGGUGGACCUCUAUUAUGUCUUGAUUGGCGUGAAAUAUGUGAUGGACGUGUUGAUUGUCUUGAUGGAGGUCUUGAUGAAGCAUUCUGUUUCGAUAUGGAAAUCAAUGAAUGUAAUCAAAACGAAUAUCGAUGUCAUAAUGGUUUGUGUAUUCCAGAAGAAUUUUGGAAUGAUGGUAUAGGUGAUGCUGAUUGUCUCGAUCGAUCAGAUGAAAUAGCUGAUAUAUCGUAUCCAAGAUCUUGUUUUCAAGAUCCGACAUUUCGUUGUGAAGAACAUUCUUGCAGAACGAAUUGGCAUCAAUUUCCAUGCGGAGAUGGACAAUGUGUACAAAAAUUUGAUACAUGUCAUAAUGGACGACAUGCUUUAUUAAUUCAAUCGAUGACAUUUCAAGGUCAUUUACCGAAUAAAUGUUGGAUUGCAAUGAUUUGUCUUACAAUGUUAGUUAAUGAAGUCAAUGGUAUAUCAUGUCAAUCAUGGUUAAUAAAAGAUUCAGUCAUAGAAUUUCUUCAAACUUGUGAUUUUAUUUUUCAAUUUCCAACGAUUCCUGUUCAUCUUGGUCAUAUUCGUUUUUUAUAUGAACAACCUCAUUUAAAAUUGAAUCGAAGUUCGUUUAUGUUACCCGAUUAUGUUUGUUAUGAUGAAAAAUUAUGUGAUUGUAUUAUACCAACAUUUUUUCAUGGAAAUCUUUCUUGUUUACAUCGCAAUGAAUUACAAUUACAAUUAACUAUUUCUGGACAUCCAUGGAUUGAUAUGAUUUUAGAAAUUAAUUAUCAUUUUUCGUCUUGUUUAAUUACGCACACAUUUUUCGAUAAUAAAAUAAUGUAUCGAAAUAUUUCAUCACUCUAUUCUUGUCAAAAUUCAUCUAAACUCAUUUCGAAACAUCGUAUUGCUGAUGAAAAUAAAGAUUGUUGUAUGGAUGAUGAUGAAGAUCCUCAACUUAGUUGUUUACUCAAUGAUAAAUAUAGAGUUAAAUGUCCUAGUCAAGAUAUAUGUUUAUCAUCAUUACAUUCGAUUCAUGAUUGUCCGGAAUCUCAAAAUCAAUAUUAUAAUCAUGUUCCAUUUUAUAUAUUUUGUGAUGGUUUUGAAGAACAUUCUUUUGAAGAUUUUAAUGAUCAAAGUUAUACAGACGAAUCAGAAUGUAACUAUUGGCCAUGUAAUAAUAUUUAUUCACAAUGUGAUGGUUUUUGGAGAUGUUCAAAUGGAGAAGAUGAAGAUAAUUGUCAUCAUAUAAUAUGUCCUUCUGGGACACAUCCAUGCAUAUCUCCAAUUAAUUAUUCGUUAACUUGCCUAUCUGCCGAGCGAGUUGGUGAUGAAAUUGAUGAUUGUCUUGGAGCAUCCGAUGAAAUAUACUUUUGUCGACAAUUAUAUCCUUUAAAAAAAGAUUAUGAACGUUUUCGUUGUACAAAUAGUGAUCUAUGUUUAUCAAUAUUUGAACUAUGUGAUAGUAUUCAAUCUUGUCCACUUGGUGAUGAUGAAAAAUUUUGUAAAAGUCAACAAUUUAUAUGUCAAGAAAAUUCAUUUAGUAAUAACAGUUUAAUCGAAGAUGUUCUUUGUCAACUAAGUGAAUACAAAAAAAGUCGAAUAAUUCAUUUUUCAAUUCGUACUGGAGCUAUUUAUCCACACUCAACAUCUGCUAUUAUAGAUUCAACUAUGCCAUGGACAAAAGAACAACAACAUCGUAAUUUUAAAACUAUUCAAUCUCGAAUGAAUAAUUCUUCAUGGCCAUGGUAUUGUAAUCGAGGACUUACAACUCGUAUUUGGUUUCGAAAUGAUUUAUUUAAGUAUGGAUGUAUGUGUCCACCCAGUUAUUAUGGAGAUUUAUGUCAAUAUCAAAAUGAAAGAGUAAGUUUAACAUUAGGAUUAAUUAGAGCUGAGAAACAUAAUGUUUAUACUAUUGUUAUUAUGUUAAUUGAUGAUAAUGAUGAACAACAAGAAAUUGAUUCAUAUGAUCAAUUCGAUUAUGCACCUAGUCGAAGUUGUGGAAUUAAAUUAAAUCGUUAUCUUUUAUAUUCUACACGACCAAAAAAUAUUUCAAAAAAUUAUAGUAUACGUAUUGAUGCAUUCGAAAAAAAUGCUAUGACUUAUUGUGGAAGUUGGCAUUUAUCUAUACCUUUUCUUUUGUUACCUGUUAAUAGACUAGCUACUCUACUUGCUAUUCCAUAUCAUCCAGUUCCAAUUUCAUUCAACUGUUCGAUCACAUGUAAAAAUGGUGAAUGUAUUAAAUAUAUAAACAAAGAUAAAUAUUUCUGUCGAUGUUUUUCUGGUUGGUCAGGUGUUCAAUGUAAUAUACCGAUCAAUUGUAAAAGUUGUUCAUCUGAUUCAAUUUGUGUGGGUACAGUCAAAAAUCGGCCAAUAUGUAUAUGUUCUUUAACUAAAUUCGGACCACGAUGUCUUCUUACUUCAUUAUGUACAAUAAAUGCUUGUGAAAAUAAUGGUCAGUGUAUUUCAACUGAUAUAAGCUUUUCUAAUACUGAUUAUGCUUGUAUUUGUCCUGAUCAAUUUUUUGGACCUAAAUGUCAAUAUGUUAAAGCUAAACUCGAUAUAUCUUUAGAAAAUUUGGAUAUUCCAUCUUAUCUAACAGCUUUUUUUUUUACUGUUUCUGAACAAUCAGAACCAACAUGUACAAUUAUGCUUCAAAAAUUAACUCUUUUUCAACGUAUUAUAACAUUUCGUAUUUCCGUUCCAUAUCAUAUUGUUGUGAUUAAAUCAAAUGAUAAAUUUUAUCUUGGUGUUGUACAACAAACUCCAAAGAUUGACAUUUCUACAUCAAUUAAUCCUACUCGAGAAUGUUUUCCUAUUGAAGAAAUAUUUAAUUCUACUUUUAUGAAAAUGCCUCAAUUUCAUCGAAUUAAAUUCUAUCAUAUUCCAUGUCAAACUAAUUUCCAUCUAAAUUGCUUUAUUGAUGAAACUUAUUUAUGUUUAUGUACUACUGAUCAUCAUGCAAAUUGUGUUGAAUUUGAUCAUCAUAAAAAUCUUCAAUGUCCAUCAAAACAUUACUGUGCAAAUGGAGCACAAUGUCUACAAGACCAUCCUAAUUGUCCAUCAUCAAUAAUCUGUGUUUGUAAUGAAUGUUUCUUUGGUAAUCAAUGUCAAUUUUAUUCGAAAGGUUUUGGUUUAUCAUUAGACGAAAUUUUAGGUUAUGAAAUAAAGCGUAAUGUUUUUCUAUUUAAACAAUCAUUCGCAGUAAAAUUAAGUGCUUUAAUAACAAUGAUUAUGUUUACAGUUGGAAUUAUUAAUGGUAUAUUUUCAAUUUUAACAUUUAAAAAUAAAAAUUCUCAAGCAGUUGGUUGUGGAAUAUAUCUUCUUGCUUCAUCAAUAACUUCAUUAUUAAUUGUGAUUUUAUUUACAUUAAAAUUUUGGUUUCUUAUUCUUUCUUAUAUUGAUUUUUUUGCACAAAGAGUGAUUCUUUAUUCAAAUUGUAUGGUAAUUGAACCUUUAUUAAAAGUUCUUUUAUAUAUAGACAAUUGGUUAAAUGGUUGUGUAGCUGUUGAAAGAUCAUUUGCAGUUUUUAAAGAAGUUCAUUUUAAUAAGAAAAAAAGUAAAAAAAUAGCUAAAUGGAUGAUUGGUUUUAUGAUAUUUAUUAAUAUUAUUCUUCUCAUUCCUCAAUUAUCAAAUCUUCAUUUAUUUGAUGAUGAAAAAGAAGAACGUACAUGGUGUGUAGUACUUUAUUCAUCAUCUCUACAUAUUUAUAAUUCAUUUAUAAUAUUUUUUCAUUUUUUGACACCAUUUUUUAUUAAUUUAUUCUCAGCUAUUUUCAUAAUAAUAGCAACUGGUCGUCAAAGAGGUGUUAUAAAAAGUGAUUAUCUUUAUAUGAAACAAUUUAAAAAUAAAUUAAGACAACAUAAACAUCUUCUUAUUAGUCCAAUUAUUCUUAUUAUGUUAUCAUUACCUCGUUUAAUAAUUUCAUUUACAUUAGAUUGUAAGAAAUCAUCUAAACAUUUUUGGUUAUAUCUUAUAGGUUAUUUUGUUUCAUUUAUGCCAUCAAUACUUGUAUUUGUUGUAUUUGUUUUACCAUCAACAGUUUUUAAAAAAGGAUUUAAAGAAGUAAUACGUCAUGGUCGACGACGUGCUUCUUUAUUUAAAAUGGACUUUUAUUCAAAUAAACGUCGUUGA